UCUUCUUAUCUCUUUAUUUGUUCUUCAAAAAUGGUUCCAUUUCUCUCAAAUUGUACACAAAUUAAAUAAUACUAGUAGCAUUUUCCUUUGACCAUGCCUAAAUUGCUUGCAGAUUUUCUCCAAGAGCAGCAAGAGCCAUUUGCCUUAGAAGUUUACCUUGUCGAAAGAGGCCUUACCUUUCACAAUUCUGCUAAAUAUGUGGCGCCAAACUGCUCAUACUUUGUUCGGGCCGCAUUCAGCCGCCUCGCCGUGGCUAAUGCCAAUGGGGGCCUGAGAAAUUUCCUUAGCGCGAAGCCGGAGAGCGCCUCUUGCUUGGAAUCCGAUGGCGGUGGCUCACAUUGCUCUGAGUCAGCUAUUAGACGGUUCGUUAAAUGCGGGAAUUGCUUCUUCGAUAGAGAGGUUGAAGAUGCAGACACAAAUUCCAAAUCGAGGGCUGAGGAAGAAGACAGCAAGCAGCAACUGAGUCCAAUCUCCGUCUUGGGAGAAAUAGAUCCAGAUCAAGAUUCACCAAUUUAUUACAAGCAAGGCAGCAUCAAUACUUUAAGCUCAACAGCACAAUGCAAAUUGGAGCAACCACAACUUUAUGUUAUGAGAAAAUCAAGAGAACCAGAGCCAUGCAACAAAUACAUUAUAAACAAGAUGGCAUUGGACCAAAUAGAGCGGCAAGAAUUGAUAGAAAAAGGAGACAAUGCUGUUUUGGAGCAACAAAAAUGGGAGAUUUCAAUGGAGAUUGAGAACGAAAUACUUGAAAAUGUUAUCCAUGAUAUUGUAAUAACAUGGCUGAAUUGGAAAUAUUUCGUGGCAUAAAUUUCUUGGUUAUAAAGUUAAGAAUUUAAACAAUGUAA